UGUGUGUGUGUGUGUGUGUGUGUGUGUGUGUGUGUGUGUGUGUGUGUGUGUGUGUGUGUGUGCAUGUGUUUGUAGUAAAAUCUAGCAUGUGAUCUGAGGAGAAAAGCCAUUAUAAAGGGACACUCCAGCUAUUUAGUAUUGCACUUUCAUAAAUAAAGUCAUGGGACUCGCAAGAGACACAUCCAGACUUUUAGUCUCUAAAAUCACCGAUUCCCACAAGUCCCGUAAAGCAGCUCAAGGCAGCCCCAGUUUGGAAAGCAGUCUCUCUAAAACUGAAGUCUCAAGCCCAAGAUGAGAUGACCCUAAUGACAUCAUCAGGGUUAUCUUUCAAACUUCACAAAGCUCAGAAAUAGAAAUUGAAAUGGUAGUGAAAAUAAUAACAUUGUUAAUAAUGAUGAAAAUAAUAACCAUUAGGACCAGACUAACAUAUCAGUUUGCACAUAUUUGAGCCUAAAAACUGAAGUUUAAUUUUCAAUGCCUAAUUUAAUGUUUUAUGUUUACAACUGUAUAGAUGCAAUUUGUGCAGAUUUGUGUAACGUGAUGGUUUAACUGCAGUGUCUAAAAUAUGAAUGCUACAAACAAAAUCAAAGGCAAACACUUUAUUAACAAUAUCAGUAUAACUGCAAUACUUAUAUUUAUGCUAAUUAACGUGCAAUUGCUGUUAAAAAAAGAGCAACGAUACAUGUUAUCUUUCCCUAAACUUCACAGUUGACACCAAAACCAAAUUCUUCUUGUGCAGUGAUUAUGACAAACCACGUGAUCAGAACUUAUAGUGAGUCCAGUUGGAUUCACCGCAGCAACAGAUCAGGACCCUAUACAGAGUUGGUUCGACUGAAUAGAAUUUAGACCUAACCCGAUCCGGGUCGCGGAUCGAGUCUGAGUGGGCCCAGACUAGCUAAGACCUCUAGCUUAAAUUUCCUCUUGAGGUGCGUUGUUGGAAAGAACAGACCUUUUCUCACAGCUUACAUUUCCAAGUGUCAUGGCAGGAAAAGCACAGGUGAAACAAAUUUAAACAUUAAUGAUGCCAAGCCAAGCCAGUGAGCCAGCAUGCACCAGAUCAGGGCACUGGCACACCUACAUGGAAUGCUGCCAUUAUUAAUGUUAUUACACCUGCGUCUGACAAAUCAAUACGUCCGCUGUGAGAAAGGUCUACUGCAGCUGUUGUAGUAAAGCGUCUCACUCACUUCACAUGAGGAGAAUUUUCCAAACUGGUAUUUGUCCAGUAUCACACGCUGUCUCGCGCCUCUGUUUGUCCUCUACUGUUUGAUUUCUGGAUCAAUACUGGUGGGAGGUGUAAAGUGUGUGCUAAUAGUCCACUAAACAAGGUUUAACUAGGUCGAAGUUUCCCCUGCACCUCUGCAGCAGAUAGAAAACUGGAUUUCUGGACAGGAAUAUUUCUUAAGGCACUUUAUUGAGUAUCUCAUAUAGGAACAACUGAGCCUUCACAUCAGCUAUAUGUCAGGUGAUGUGACUCCCUCCACCUGAAGCUUUAUAGGAACUGCAGCUGGAGCUGUCUCACCCAUCCCUCCUCAUAUCAUCGAUAGUCUUGUCCUUGUGGAGACAUAACCAGCUGGCAUGCACCUCUGUGGAAGAAGCCACUUCUUUAUGACAUCUUCAGAGCUAUAAGGAACACAGCACGGAGGUCCUAUAGACACCAGGUAUUACUAUGUGAGCUAUUGCCUGGCGGUGAAUGAAUCAUGGAGGGAGCCAGCGUCACCAUCUUUGUCACUGUUCAGAAGAUCUACUAUCCACUCCUUUGCAUCAUGGGUAUUCCAGCCAACCUCUUCACAUUCUAUAUGAUGUGCUACCGUAAAUGCGGGAUGUCCCACACGGCCAUCAUUUACCUGAGCUGUCUGGCCAUCGUGGACACCUUCUACCUGGUGUGGGUGAUCCUUAUUGACCUGACCCUCACCUUUUGGCUAGUGCAGCCCUUCUGGCACUCCCACCCCUGGUGUGGCAUCCUGGGAUUCCUGCAGUAUGGAUCGCUGUACAGCUCCUCCUGGAUGGUGGUGGUGUUCACCAUCGAGCGCUACCUCGUCCUCCGCAGCACAACGGCCAAGCAGCACUUCUCCCAGGCCUGGGUCACUAAAUUGACCUGUGUGGCUGUCGUCCUGGUGUCACAUCUUGUCUCUGUGCCCCUGGGCUGGAUCAACAUCGUCACACCUGUCAACAUUACUGUGGACGGAGAGAAUGUGACGCUGCCUAGGUGUUGUUACCGCAAUGAGGCCUACUCUACUGUUAUAGUGUGGAUAACCACCUUCCUCUCAGGUGGAAUCCCCAUUGUGUUGGUCAUCAUCUUCAACUACCUCAUCGGGUACCAUCUGUGCCGCGCCAGCAACCUCUUCACCAAGGAGGAGCGUCGCGUCAUGCACGGGAGGAGCACCAGGGGCAUGUUGAGGAGGACCAUCCUGCUUCUGGGCACCGUUUCCGUGGCCUUCGUCAUGCUCAGCCUGCCCCGCUUUGUCACAUACUGCAUCCUGAGGACCAAGUACAACAACGAGAACUUCAACAGGAACGACUACAGCAUCCCCAUCAACGUGGCCGGAGACUUGGCCAACAUGCUGCAGAACCUCAACUCCACCACUAACUUCCUGCUCUACUGCAUGGUCAGCCGGCGCUUCCGACGGGAGCUGGUCCAAGUGGUGACUUGUAACGUGAAGGCACGUGAGCUGGCCUCUGUCCUCACUCACACCACCAUGAAAGUCUUCUCAGUUGUAGAUCAUAAGGCCUCGCCAUCCAGCAACCCUGUGACUGUGGUGCUUACCAAUCUCAAACAGACAGCGUAGAAAGAAUCUGGAAGAAUGGACAAUGAUCAGACUUUAAAAAUAAUUAUCGUUUAACUUUUUUGUGUUUGUCUUUUUAGCCACCUAGUUGCGUGGCUCUAUGGAUGGCAAGGCUGGUCAGUCCACCACUUUGGUCCAGACUGAAAUAUCUCAACUACUUUUUGAUGUAUUUCCAUUCAAUUUUGUACUGACAUUCAUGGUCCUCAGAGGAUGAAUCCUAAUGACUUUGGUGUUCCAGCUGCAGUGUCCAGCAUCAACAUUGUCAAUUAUCCAGUAAAAUAUCUAAACAUGUACUUGACAAAUUGGCAAAAAUUUUGGUACAGACAUGCAUGGUUCCCAGUCGAUGUAUUUUAAUGACUUUGGUGAUCCCCUGACUUUUCCUCCAGCACCACCAUAAAGUUGGCACAUGGUUUUGAGUGAAAUAUUUCAAUAACUAUUGGAUGGAUUGCCAUGAAAUUUGGUACUGACAUACAUGUUCCCCAGAGGAUGAAUUGUAAUAACUUUAGUGAUCCCUUCACUCUUCCUCUAGUGCCACCUUCAGAUCAAAAUUUUUAUGAAUCCAGUACUUUAGUUUAUGAUCAAAGACCUGCAGAACUAAUUACAUUCCCAUCAGCCUCAGCUGUACUUACUUUAGAGUUGAUUAGCAAAUGUUAACAUGCUGACACACUAAACUAAGAUGGCGAACAUGGUAAACAUUAUACCUGCUAAACAUCAGCAUGUUAGCAUUAUAUCAUUUGCAUUUAGCUCAAAGCACCACUGUGCCUAACGUCAUCCUCACACUGCUGCUAGCGUGACUUGAUCAUACAACACAGGUAAAACAUAUGAAAUAAACUAAUGACUGUGGAUGGACUAUUGUAACAAUGGAUGUGAUCAAGCCCUGAGUCAUUCAGGUCAUGUGUAGUUGUGAAAGGAGAGCAAGUGGACCUUCUUUCUAGCCUUAAAAAUGUUUGACU